ACUAUGACCCUUAUCUGACUUCAUAAAAUAGCUUCUUUUUCUAUCAAUGUCAGGGAGCCAAACUUUUUCAUAACUCAAGUUUGCAUUAUUAUUUUCUUUUCACAUCUCUCCACUUGUCACAAGAGGCUAAGUCAAAGAUGGGGGGAAGUGCUAGUGUUUGUGUUAGCAAUACCAAAGAGAGAAAGUGUCCAGAAAAACAUGUAAAGAAUUUGAAGGAGAAAGUGAGAAUUCUCCGAGAUGAAAUAAAGGAGAUGGUGUGUGAGAGAGAGAAAGAGAUAAUGGUGUUUACUUUGAAGGAAGCGGAUUGGAAGCAGGAGAUGAAGAGGAUGAGAGAGGAAGUGAAGAGGUUGAGGGAGUUGGUGAAAGAGAAGGAAGAGAAGAUAAGAGAGAUGGAAGAAGAAGGAAUGGUUGAGAAGAAUUGUGAGAAAGAGUGGGAGUUAAUGGGGACUAAGCUUUUGAUUCAAGAGAUGAAGGAGGAGAGAGGGAGAAGAGAUGAAGCUGUUGAGAAAUGGAAGCAACUUUAUCUUGCAAUUAAGAAUGAGUUGGAUGAUCUCAUUCAAAGAACUUAUGAUGGAGAUGGUGUGUAUUGGAAAACAGAAGAAAAUGAGAUUCAAAUGGAGAAUCUGAGGAAUGAGUUGCAAGAGAAAGAAGAAAGCAUGAAAGCAUUAAAAGCUAAACUAGUUUCUGUGGAGAAAGAAAGGUACAAACAAGAGAGAGAAUUUGACUUGUUAAGGCAAAGUUUGAGGAUCAUGAAUGGCAAGAAAAAUUCAAUUCAAACUAAAGAGAAGAAGCGUUUCAAAACCAAAUUGGGAAAAUGAAAUGCAUAAUUAAUUCAAGAAUUUGGUUGAAUAGGUGUUAUUGUAUACUUAGUUGUUUUGUAUGUUACUUAAAAGUAAAAAAAAAAAAAACACUUAUUUUUCUAAAAGAUUAGUGGAUGGAAGAAAUAAUGUAAUUUUAUUAUGUGGAUUUAAACAAGGUCUUUUUCUAAAA